UGCUGUAUAUGGUGGUGAGUGCAGGGGGGUUUUGUCCUGAAGUCCACUAUCAUCUCCACUGUUUGUAGUGUAUUGAGCUCCAAGUUGUUGUGACUGCACCAGACAGCCAUCUCUUUAACCUCCUGUCUGUAGGCAGAUUCGUCUCCGUCCUUGAUGAGGCCGAUGACUGUCGUGUCGUCCACAAACUUCAGGAGCCUGACAGAGGGUUCAUUAGAUGCAGUCGUUGGUGCACAGGGAGAAGAGCAGUGGGGAAAGAACACAACCUUGAGGGGUGCCAGUGUUGAUUGAGCAGCUGUUUGACAUGAAUUUCCCCAGUCUCUCUAGCUACUGGGAUAGCUAUAGAGAUAGAAUCAGAAACAGAGUCUUGGUGGAGACGUCAUCAGGUAAUCAUUAAUGGCAAAGCAGUGUGUGAUGGUGGUGCAGGUUCUUACAGAAGGUUUUAUGAGCAGCAGACUGCUUUGUUGGAUCAGUGGUGCAACGCAGGAACCAAAGAUUCAGAAACCCCUACACACACACUGCAAGAAAGGAGCGAAGCUGAGGGACUGGUGGAGAGCAGAUCACUUCUUAAGAUCAGGGAGGUGGUAGUGGAGCAGAAGAGUGAGAUGGAGCAGGACAAAGAGAAGAUUCCUUCAGUAGACCUGAUGGAUCCUAAUCCAGAAUCAGUGAUAGUCUCUAGAUCAGAACAGACCAAAAUGCAGCCUGCUGCUGAUGAGAGCAAAUCGAAGUCUAGUUCUGAGAAGGAAAGACAGAGAUUUCAAUGGAUGGUGACAGAGACUGGAGGUGACUGUCAGUUCAUGCCAGCAGCUGGGUUCUCAUGUGACUUGGGCUCUAAUAAAGCAGCUCCAUCCAGCACACUGAUUCAUUCAGCUUUUGAAAACCACGAUCUUCUCAAAAGCCCACAAGAAUCCCAAGCUUUCACUAAGAGAAAUGAGGUCUUUGAACCAACAGCAGAUGGUGCUGAAGAGAAUGAGAAUAAUGGUUGUAAAGCACAAGUACCAUUGACUUCUGGUCUGUUUACCAGUGAGAACAUGCAUUGUGAUGACUUUGGUACUAGAGGAGCUGAAGCCCAGGUCAGUAACGGCAGUCUUUAUGACCUGACUGCACUGCUGGCGGACAAUAACACACAGUCCUUUACUAAUCACACAUGGCUCCGGCCUGUGCCCACUGGUUGGUAUCUUCCAGUGGAAUAUGGGCAGUCAGAUAUGGUCUAUUGUGACUUACAGUUAUCUGGCACAAGCUACUACCAUGGAUUUCAAGAAAAUUUUGAAGGGAUGUGGAGGGAGUGGGAGGAUCUUGGUAAAACUUCAAGUCCCUGUAGAUCUCCCAAGACAACCUCUGUCGAGCCUGGCUCCAAGUUCGACUUCACCGUUAUGUCCUAUAACAUCCUGGCCCAGGAUCUGCUAGAGGCUAACCUAGAGCUGUAUGCACACUGCUCAGAGGACGUGCUAGCAUGGGAAAACCGUUUACAGAACAUUCUCAAAGAGCUCCAGGUCUGGGAACCUGAAAUUAUUUGUCUGCAAGAGGUACAAGAGAAUCACUUCCAUGAGCAGAUGUAUCCAGCUCUGAUUGAGAUGGGAUAUGAAUGCGUGUACAAACGCCGCACAGGCAUCAAAACAGACGGCUGUGCAGUGUGUUACAACACUAAGUGCUUUUCACCACUCUCUGUGCGCCUGCUCGAGUUCCAGCGGCACGAAUGCGAACUGUUGGACCGGGACAAUGUAGGCAUCGUGCUGCUCCUCCAGCCAAACACAACGCAUGGUGAAGGCAUUAGGUUCCGACCCAUCUGUGUGGCCAACACACACCUGCUGUUCAACCCCAGGAGGGGAGAUGUGAAAUUAGCCCAGCUGGCCAUAGUGCUGGCAGAAAUUGAAAGCAUAGUCAGGCAGUAUAAGGUCAAAGGGCACGAGUGUGAGAUCAUUUUGUGUGGGGACUUCAACUCCUUACCCAACACGCCGCUGUAUAAUCUGAUCGUCACGGGCCAGCUCUACUACCAUGGAUUACCAAACUGGAUGGUGUCUGGUCAGGAGGAUUUGUCUUACAAAACCCAUCACAGGCGACUCUAUGCACCUUUGUGGCCCAAAAGCUUGGGUAUCAACGAUAACUGUCAAUACUAUGAUGUCUGUGAGUCUCAGGGCAAAGAAUCAGGGAAACUGCAGUACAAUCAUGACUUCCUGCGGCAGCUGCGAUACUGCCCGGCAGCCUGUGUGCGGCCCCCUGACCUGGAGCUCAUACCAGGUGUCACUGACAACACUCCAACUCCUGAAGAAACUCAGCCAUUUCCUCCAAGGCAUUUCAGAAACGUGGUAUGUCAUGGGUUUAACCUAAGCUCUGUGUACAACCAAAACAUAUCAGACACUGAACGCUGCGAGGUCACCACACUGCACUCACAUGGAGCUGCCAUGGUUGACUACAUCUUCUACUCCACAAGAGGAGGACAUGCUAGGGGUUGUGACGACAAAGAGAAGGGUCUGAAGUUGCUCGGUCGUCUUUCUCUGCCGUCUCAAGAUGACCUUUGGUUGCUGAAUGGACUCCCAAACAAAAUAUACCCCUCUGAUCACCUGAGUCUUCUUGCCACGUUUCAGCUCUGCUGAGUGUUCAGGGUUCUACCAAGAAGUUCAUCCAUGACCCCAGUAUUGUACACUGUGUUAUAAGCCCUAACACUGCUGUAAGUAAGAGUUAAGAGAUGUUCCAGCUAUAUAAAGUUAAAGACAGAUGGUAAAACCAUUUUUUUCUAUGGUGGAUGUUAUCUAUGAUUUUAAAGGUUUCUUCCUUUUGACUGGUGAAAAUUUCUAAAGGAUGUUUUAUGUACAUGACAUUUCUUUUAUAUUUGUAAGGUUGUUUUAAAGCUUGAGUUAAGCUAAAACACAGAAUUAUCAAAAAUAAUCAGCACUGACAAAUCCGUUUGUGUGGUUUUGAUGCCAAAACAUUUUUAUCAUGGGAAAUGCUGAAUGUACCUCAUUUUGAU